AUGAAAUCCUCCUGCACCGGGGGCUCAGAGACACGACGCUGCAGCAACGAGGUCGAACCUACUUCUUCUCCUUAUACACGCCUCUUCCCUCACCUCCACCACCCCUCCGCCUUCAACGCGUUCCAUCACGUAUCGUCCGUCACAACGACUUCUUCACCCAUCGCCUCGGGAGCACUGCUCCUUGCCUCGACCUUUUUGCUGCAACGUGAACUCAUCCCCCGCUUCCGCUCGCUCAGUAUGGAUGGCAGUGUCGAGAAUGCGGCCCAGCGACCCUCUGGCCUGCGCCCUCCGACCAGGAUCGGCGCAUUGAACGACAUAUCCGAAUCGCAAAACAACGCACGCGCCGCUAAGAACACCAUGUUGCCUUUGGCAGGACAUUCCAACCUCAAGCGACAAACAAGAGAUGAUUAUCUGCCCCAACAACCAGAAACAAAACAGCGAAAGACGUUGGCUGAGCGCGCUGCCGAAUGCUACGGCGCCAAGUCCAAUGUCGCCGCUACCCCAGCUCCUCGACAUGUUAAAGCCUCGUCGAUUGCUAGCCUAGCUGCAAACCGCCUACCUUCAGCCACCCCCGCUGUCAACAGGCAACCUACCAGAAACAACUUUGGAACCAGCCUCGGACCAGGUACUCGGCCACCAUCUGCUGCCGGCAGGACGCAGACUUUCGCCAGAUCGAUCAAUGGAGGCCCACGAGGAACUGUCCGCCCGCGCCCGGCAACAGCAUUCGGUAGCUAUGCCACCGUCGACGAGGACGAUCCGCCCAAACAGAAUGGUACGAAGCACUGUGCCCCGAAAUCAACAAAACCCUUCAACAUAGCUAGCCCCAGGCGGAAGAGGGUGCGGGGUGUUCAGUCAUUGCAGUCACUGGCUGGAACGCAUGCUCUCAAGAGGAUGAGGGAAAGCUCUCUCACCUGCCUCGCUAAAGGAAUUCGGAACUUGAGUCUCCGCGACAUGGAAGACCCUCUACUGCCAGCCAAGAUGAUAUCAACCGAUGGCAAGGGAGACCAAGCGGUCCCCGCUUUGCAGGAAAGUGAUCGGGCGCGGCUAGAGCCGUUGAACGAAGCGCUUCCUGAGAGUAUCACACUCCGUCCCCGAAACAACAACCCCGGAGGCCGCGGCGCUGUUGGUGAACCUCCCUCCCCAGCACUGUCAGGACCCAAGAAAGAUGCGGCAGAGUCAAGUGCCAUGCUGCCACCGCCUCCUAUGACACCGAGGCCCACUGGCAUAACAGAGCUCGAGGUCUUGUCGGCCAGGUUCAGUCGCUCUAUCAGCAAACUGAAAGAAGACUGCUUUCUGAUCAGCUCUCCUUCCAAAUCCCGGGCCCCUUUUUUGACUAAGGAUUCUAACAUACGAGCCUAUACAGGAUGGGACGUGGACGAGAGGUUGCAAAAGGUUGAAUCACAAUGGCAGGAAAUGCAGAGUGUGAUGAAGGAAACGGUCUCGGAGAAGAAGGUUAUGGAGCACGAAAUCGAAUCUGCAACCAAAAGAGCAACUGCUCUGGAAAACGAGCUUCUCGGCCUGCGCCAGCAGGUCCAAACACUGACUUUAGAUCUCGAGUCUGAGCGGAGGACGCACAAGUUCGAUUUAGAGGACAAGAUUAGGGAACACCGACACGAACUGGACAAUCUCCGACGACAACUACGUGACGAAGUCGAGCGUGGCGAGCGGGAGGCUCGCGAGGCUGCCGAAAGGCAGAGGGAGCAGUUUGCCAUAGAACAAGCCCGAAUGGUGGAAGACCGCGAACAGAUGCGCGUCAUGGGUCGUGCUCUCCAAGAAAAGGAUACGGAAAUCGACAGUUUGCGAUCCGCAUUCGAGAGGUUACGAAUCGACCUAGACAGGGAGAGGGAGGACAUGCGCGUUCAGCUUGGUUCGAAGGAGCAAGAAGCUGGCCGACUGUUACGUGAAAAGGAACGAGAAAAUGACGAGAUGCGGUCCCAGGUUGAACGCCUCAAAGGUGACCUUGAUCGCGAGAUGACUCUCAAGGAAGGCGUGCAAAAGGCGGCUGUUGAGAUGCAGACGGCCAACUUGGGUCUCGAGGCUCAGAUUCAACAACUGCAAGGGAAGAUCCGCUUCUUGGAGUCCAGCAACCAGCAGCAGGCAGACUCGUACACCGAGAUGGAAUCCAGGCUACAGGAAGCUCUCCAGGCGGCAGAGGAAGCCAAGCAAAAGUUGAUCAAAGAAGAGACGGAGAGGAGAGUUCUAUUCAACAAAUAUCAAGAACUCAAGGGCAACAUCCGCGUCAUGUGUCGCGUGAGGCCGAUACUGGAUAGCUCAGAAGGCGAGGAGGCCGGCUUGGCCUUCCCCGACUCCAAGACCUCUGCGCAGAUUGACGUUCAGACCGAAGAGCGGAGCGCGACGGGCACAGUAACCCGACGCGUCAUGCCAUUCGAGUUUGAUAGGGUCUUUGCACCCAACGUGCAGAACGAGGAGAUAUUUGGCGAGAUAUCGCAACUCGUGCAGAGCGCGCUGGACGGUUACAACGUGUGUAUCUUUUGCUACGGUCAGACCGGGUCGGGUAAGACGUACACAAUGUCUAGCCCGGACGGCAUGAUCCCUCGGGCGACGAACAUGAUCUACGAGACGAUCGAGCAGCUCAAGCAGAAAUCAUGGACUUAUACAAUGGAGGGUAGCUUCGUCGAGGUGUACAACGAGGAGCUUCAUGACCUGCUGGCUUCGGAGCGCGAGAGGAAGAAGUUGACGAUCCAACACGACGAGGUCCGGAAACAGACGACGGUUGUUAACUGCAAGACGGUUCACCUGGACCGACCGGAGAAGGUCGAGACGAUGCUGCGCGAGGCACAGGGCAACCGGUCAGUGGCAGCCACCAAGGCCAACGAGCGCUCGUCGCGGUCUCACUCGGUCUUUAUGCUCAAGCUGGUCGGCACCAACUCGGCGACGGGCGAGCGGUGCGAGGGUACGUUGAAUCUGGUCGACUUGGCCGGUUCAGAGCGGCUCAAGCACUCGCAGGCCGAGGGCGACCGGAUGCGCGAGACGCAGAGCAUCAACAAGUCGCUCUCCUGCCUCGGAGACGUCAUCGAGGCGCUUGGCCGCAAGGGCGGCACCUCACCAGGGGCUCACGUACCUUACCGGAACUCGAAACUGACGCAUCUUUUGCAGUUCUCGCUCGGCGGGAACAGCAAGACGUUGAUGUUUGUCAUGGUGAGCCCACUCGAGGCACACCUGAAAGAGACGGUGACGAGUUUGAGGUUCGCUACCAAGGUGCACAACACUCACAUCGGCACGGCCAAGUCGACCAAGAAACUGACACAGUAA